AUGGAGGAAUACAACGAUGUGGUUCAGAGGGCUGCAAGACUUUCAGCAGCAAGGGAAAGUUUCCUGACAGGAAAGAAAAUUCCGGUGAAUGUGGUGACACAGGAAGAUCUGAUGAUUUACGCCCGGUGGUUACUGUGUCACCUGCACUCUCUGACGGGCAUUCACCGUUUUCUACAGGUUGUCCAAAAAUUUAGAAGCAUCUUCUGCAAACAGCAGACGAUGAGGACAUUUCCAGGUUAUGACACAGAGGUUUCUCGGUCAGAGAACUGGGGUGUGCGAGAUCCAGCCAGGGCUUUGAAGAAGAGAGCCAACUGGAUCCCUUUUUUAAAGAUUAAGCCUCAAGUAGAUCCCUGGCAGCAAAAGCUUUUGAUAAAACUGAAACAAUGGAAAAAAGUGGAUAAGCUGAUGGACCUUCAUUCAAAAUUUGUAGAGCAAGUGUGCCUGGGAAUCUUUAACUACUUCAGGUCCGUGGAGAGAAGCCUGACCAUCAGUACUGCUGGCCUCUCCUUCAAGGCUGGUUGCCUAAUUCCCAGUGCAGAAGACACCUCCUGGGUCAGUGCUGCCAGAGGAGGCACUGGUGGCUUUGGCGGCCUGAGUUCACAGCCGUAUAUUCACUACACGCCAGCUGACUACAAGGUCCACAGCACUCAGUUCAUGGAAUUUGCAGAGGUGGAAAACCAUGAUGACUUUCACGCUAGCAAAGAUGGAUAUAUUCACACACAGGACCAGCGAGGGGUUUCCAUAAUAUAUGAUGUGGCUUUAGAGGGCCUGAAAGAGUUUGAGAACCAGAUGCUGCUUGUGGCCAGCCAGUACAUUGAGAAAGAUAAAAGUAAGAUAUCUACAGGUCCAAAAGACCUCAACAUCCUUGGCUGGGCACAUGCCUCUGUGGAUCAAUGUGCUGUGCUGCUUGACCUCUGGACCUGUGAAACUGCUCUCUUGGAAAAAAAAUGCCAGCUUCUAGGUGUUUACUUUGAAGCUCACCAACACGCUUUGGACCCAGAGGAAAGAUUUGCUUUGGCCCAAAUAGUAACUGACAUCAUGCAUAAACGUCCAAGGUUUGAUCUCAAGCUUGAAUAUUUUGUCAACACCUACAAGGAUGAAUGCAUCUGUUUGCAACUUCACCUCCAACUGCUGAGGGACAUAGUAAACCAACAAAUAGACGCCCAGAGGGAAUACAUCCACAAGAUGUGGCGGGAAGGUCAGAGAGGUGGCAUCGGUGAAUUUGGACUUCCUUAUAAUGUAAUUACUAAGCAGCUUAUCUCUCUUAACGCUAGCUGACCUACUUUGAAGAACAUUUAUUUACUGGAGUUUCACCCUUCUCUUGGUCUGGUGUGCUUGAUCCCCAAAGCUCUUGAGUAUGUCUACCGGGAAUUCUACAGCAUCUGCAGACCCAAAACAUCCAGUAAAGCAAAUAAUCUAGAAAAACAAGUACUUCAGCUAGUAGUUGAUGAGUGGCUAAUGGAAAAGACAGAAACUUUUUACAGCUCUCAGAUUCAAAAAGAUUUGUUUGCCAACGUACUGAUAGAAGACUCUGUGCUGUUCUUUCUCCUGGAUUCCUUCUCCAUGCUCCUGGAGCUUGCCACGCUCCACCAUCGGCUGAUAGAGGUGGCGACAGAGACUGCGUGGUUAGCCAGAUUUUAUAAGGCUUUUGCAAUAGAAGCAGGUUUUGGGGAGUUCCAUUUGUACCUGAGGCCCGUGCACUUCGAAUCUGCAUCUCACAGGGAGAAAGCAGACCACCUCCCACCAAUAUUCAUUACAUCUCUCCUGGAAGAUGACAGCUGUGUUGACAGAUACAUUCCAUCUAGCUUACCAUUAAGCAUUCAAGAAAUUGACAGUCAUAUUGGAAAGUUUAGUUUCCGUACAAGAGGUGAUGUUAUGCACCUCUUGUGUCCAUCUGGAAUACAGAACACGCAACUUAUCCUGGCCUGUCAGGUCAUUCAGAAAAAUGCCCUUUUGGUGGCUGUUCAGCAAGCCUCCUUUUGUUACUUGAUCCAGCCUCCCCAUACCCUGGAUGUGAAGGCUGCUCUCAGAGCUCUCCACCUAAGCCUAGAAAUUGUUGAUGCAUUUCACGAUGUGGUUUCAUAUCUCCUGGCUUUUGCUCAAUUAGGAAAUUCUCCGAACUGCUUGCGUGCCUUAAACCCAGAGCUUCUGACCCCAGACUGGGGAGGGACCGACAGGAUUGAGAGUGAACUUCAAGAGAUACAGAAAAUGAUUGACAGCCUCCAGAAUCCAGUGGAUCGCAGCGAAGUAGCCCAGCUGCUAGCCCUUCACAGAGAAGUGAUCUUUCUACAGUUCGAUGCAGCAAUUAGGCAUCGACUACAAUGCCAUGUGGUGGCACGAUGUAAGACUAAAUUUGUAGGUGUAGCCUGCGUGCGGCAGGCGGGCUAG